AAAACAGAUGAUGCAAUUAUCGACAUCAAAAAGAGUGUGUUAUGCGACUAUUCCGGUGGUCCUAAAGCACUGGGUAUGGAGUCGGGGGUCAUUCCCGAUGAGGACAUCACCGCCUCGUCAUCCUAUAGUCAACACAGUGUUGGACCUCAAAACGCACGCCUAAACCGGGAGUUAUCGGGAGGCGCGUGGUGUCCAUUGAAGCAAUUGAAUGAUCGCGAGUCGGGCACCGAAUGGAUUCAAGUGAAUCUUCGGGACCAGUAUGUGGUCACCGGUAUUGCAAUUCAGGGCCGGUUUGGCAAUGGAGUGGGCGUUGAAUACGUGGAGGGCUUUUGGAUUGAAUAUUCACGCGAUAACGGAAGCACUUGGCAUAAGUGGACCGAUCAGAAUGGGGAUCAUAAAUUUCACGGAAAUACGGACACAUAUACUGUCUUAAGUCAUGAGUUAUCACAUCCAUUGGUUGGCAUUAAUCUGAUACGAGUCGUGCCCUUUGCCAGCCAUCAGAGGACUACUUGUCUUCGGCUGGAAUUGUUUGGUUGCAAACAACGAGAUCUUCCGGUCGUGUAUUCAAUGCCAGACGGCUAUAAAAGCGGUCGAUUCGGCGAUUUGGUUGACAUGACAUAUGAUGGUCGGGAGGACUCACACGGAUAUCUAUCCGAAGGUAUCGGACAACUGGUCGAUGGUAUCAGAGGUGACGACAACUAUAAAGUUAAUAAGGGAUACGAAUGGAUCGGAUGGAAGUCUGACGGCGAGCCCAACAGUUCCAUACAAAUCAUAUUUCAGUUC